UUCUCCUUUUUUUUUUUUCUUUUUUUUUUCUCAUUUUUUUCGGAUCUUGCGGUCGAAACUAGCCCCACCCCACCCUUCCUCCACAUCCAUUGCAGUGCAAGCCCACCCGCAGCUUUUCUGCUCAACAGACACCCCCUCCCCACAACCACCACACGCAGACAGACAGCCAGACAGACAGACAGAGCAGAUCUCCACGAAAAGAAAAAUGGGCAAACCACCAGCCCUCAGUGUCAUCGCCACACCAGCCGUCGAGCCUGCAGCCGCCGCCCCGCCGCCAACGGCACCACAACGGCGACCGCCGAGUGAGGAGGACGCUCCACCGCCCUCGCCGCGCCAACUGCCGCACAGCAAUAGCUUCUCGUUCGACGCGCACCAGCAGGACGACGACGACGACGACGACAACGACAGCGAUGACAACCAUCAAACCGCACGCAGCAACAACAACAACAACAACAACAAGAACAGCAACAACAACAGCAGGUCGCCUCCACCGCUGUCGCUUGGCGGCGGCAACAGUGCCAUUCAUAACAGUAGUAAUCUUAGCAAAAGCAGCAGUAGCAGUAGCAGCAGCAGCAGCAGCAGUAGCAGCGGCGAGGGCGACAGCGCAAACAAGGAAGAUCCAGGGACGCCGCCCGACUCGCCUGGCGGUGUCCGCGCGCGGCGUGCCCUCCCCCGGCUCCAGCUGAACAAGAGCAACGAGCGCCAGAGAAUGUUCGCAACUACACAGUGGCAGAUGUUGGGGAUUUUUUUUCUUCUGUUUUUUUUUUUUUCGUUGGAUUUUUUUUUUUCGGGUCGAAUGGGCUUGUUGUUGAGGUGACUCAGAUUGUCACACUUGGUGGCGUGCUGGGGGGCGUUAUGGUGUGUGGCUCCUGGGCUGUUUGUGUGCUUGCUAGCCUGUUCCUGCUGGUCGUCCCCGACAAUGGUGCAGUCACGAGGCGGAAAAAUUGCACACAAAAAAAAAACCACACACAACAAAAAAGCAAAAAAUCACGAAUUGCUUUGGAUAAGACGUUCCUCUCGCGUGUCCUCGCGAUCCAGAGCCCUUUGCAAAGGGCGUUGGAGGUCGCCGCCUGCCUGGGUCAUCGUUGUGGGAAACGCAGCCAGGCCAUGGGCAAAAGCGCGCCUGACACCUUUCGUGCAGUCCGAUGUUUGGAAGUGCGGUUUCCGUGUGGUUUGAAGCCGAGGAGCACUUUUUACCAAUUUCGUCUUGCUGCUGUUUUCCCUCGUGAAAAACCAAAACCCCCACCGACGGAUCUGACGCCGUGCCAUACAUCUGAUGUAACGGCAGACCAUUGUCGGUGUACUGAGUGGAGAGAGGCUUGUCUCUUGUGUGAUUCUCACCAUGACGACAAGAUCUGCGUGCGGGUUUCUGAUCACAGCACCAACUUUGCAACGCUGCACCAACCCCGAAGAAUCACACCACCACAAUCCUUUGUUUUUAUUUGACUCCAUCAUGAGACGUCACAGGGAGAGGGAGUUGGACCCAAAAUGGGGGACGAGUCUGAUUCAUCAUCUCUGGUACUCACCUUCAGUUUGGCCUUUUGCCGUGCUUCUGACUGCCGACGAUAGGACACUGGUGUUCCCGCCGAAUUUCGAGAGAAAGUGCUCAAUCUUCGUGAUGCUGUGGCUGCCCAAUUUGCCUCUCUAAACGGUCGUCUCACGGCAUCCGAGUUUAGUCAAGUUGCGCGAGACUUUAACAAGCACAUGAUGGCGUUGGCUGAACAGCGGCGGGAUGUGCGCAAUCUCAAAUCGUGCAACGGGAUCAACUGCGAGCACGACUGUGCGGGCGAAGCGCAAGAUCUAACACACAACUCUGUUUUAUUGUACAAGUUUUAUCAAGAGAAGGAAAGUCGGUCAGAGGACUUUACGCAGGUCGAUUUCCAUCUCAAGGCAUUUGUUGACGACGUCUUGUACGCUCUUUUAAUUGAAAGCCAGUGAACACCUGGUCUCAAUCUCGGUCUAUUACUUACAAGUUCGUGAUUUGUGCCGCAAUGGCUUCUUGUUGGAGUUCAUUUUUUGUCGAUUUCACAUUACAAUCUCACUCAACCUUAU